GCCGAAGCAAUAUACUGUGUCAAAAAUUAUGAACCAAGUGAGUCAGCUGGGCGGUAAUACUGGUUCCUUUGAAAGUAACAGCAGCGCGUCUGCCUCGCGUAUGAGCGUCCCACAGAUUGUCCAGCUUGCAAGUGCAAUUACUUACUCCUUGAACCAGGACAGCCAGGCAAAGCGAGAAAGCGGCAACUCAAGCACAACAAACGAGACCUCAAAAGUCAAGGUCCAGAUACGAGAGAGAGUAGUCCUUCAGCUCCAGGAGGCUGUCUCACUGAUUCGAAACAAAAGCUCACCAACAGUAACCGACCUUGAUCUUGUCAGCAGUGCAUUACAAGAUGCCACGACUGAAACGAAGGAGCUCUCCGCGACCGCAGUUGUUUCAAGCACUGUCUCUCUCGAAGGCAUCGUAGAUGCACUUAAGUCCUCUUGCGCAACAACUGUGAGAGAUGCAGUUGCUAGAAAACUGGUCCAAGUUAUGAGUAACAUUCUUGAGUCUGCUGGCUUGAAAGAAAUGACAUCAAAAACUAUUGAACAAGAGCGAAGAACGUCAAAUGAUGUAAAGAAUAUGGCUAGAGAAUUGACUGGGAAAGUUUUCCAAGCCCUUCGCGAUGUUGGUAGUGUGUUACUAUCAAGAGCAUCUGUAGGAGAUGCGCCUUUACAGAUUUUCUCCGCGAACGUAAACCUAACGCUAGAAAGAAACGACGCAUCUUCAAUAGGCAAUAAAUCCGUUACAUGUACUAAGGGAAGCGUUAAACUACCACGAACAGAGAGUCUGAACAUAAAUACCAGACAAGAAAAUAAGACGAUUGAUAUACAAUUAGCAGAGCUGCGUAAUCCGUUCACAUGGUCUGUGACAUCCAAGAACAUGACAUCGUCGGUGAUCGAUCUGGUGCUAAUGAAAAAUGACGGAAGCUCGUACGACGUCCGCGACACAAAUGAAGACAUCGAACUGAACUUUUUUAUCACGAAAAAGCCGGAGGAUACAAGCAGAGCACUGCAGUGGUAUUGGGUAGUUCAGGGAAAUGAGUCAAGAAGGAUCCACCAAAUUGACUGGACAAGCCCAGCUACAGCCAUUAACAUGGAGGUAGCGGUGGAGAGCAGUUCCAUUGUACAAUGGAAAGUACUAUUUAACUUUGGAAAAGAGCCUUCCUCUAAAGAUUAUGUUCUGUCAUGGUCCUUGACUUCGAUGGCAAAUACUAGCGGACAGCUGCAUACGUUUCCACUAAGGCGAACUUUCCUGCCGUAUCAGGGUUUAUACUAUGUGUUGAUUACUCCAGAUCUAACCAAGCAGCAAACACUGUUAUGGCGAUCAGGAGAUUUGAACAUUUCCUAUGGACUAGGAUUCUAUGAGUCUGGAUGCUGGUACUGGGACGAGAAACAAGAUAAGUUUAGCUCGAAAGGGUGCAAGGUGGGGCCUAAGACAAGCAGAAGUAAUACCCAAUGUAUGUGUGAUCAUCUGACGUCUUUUGUCUCAAAGUUCGUCGUCGUUCCCAAUGCCAUCGACUUUGCCGCUGCUAUGACCGGUUUCCUUGAGCUGUCCGAGAAUCCAGUGGCAUUUUCUGCAGUUAUGACGAUCUUUGGUAUUUACCUCAUAUUAUUAGUUUGGGCGCGAAAAAGAGACCUCAUAGACGAUGACCAGGUCAAGGUCGUGUUUUUGCAAGAUAACAACCAUCAAGAUAAGUAUAUUUACCAGAUCACUGUUUACACUGGGAUGCGAAAACACGCAGGUACAACUGCCGACGUCUUCUGUGUGCUAGUGGGAGACGAGAACGAAACAAGACCACGCCUUCUAAAAGAUCCCGCAAAAAUACGAUUUAAAAGAGCUGGUGUCGACACAUUUAUCCUAGCGACGCCUGUUCACCUUGGAAAACUCACGAGUAUAAAGUUAUGGCACAAUAAUAUGGGGUCAGACCCAUCCUGGUAUGUGAACAAAGUUUCCGUACGGAACGUCCUGCGGGGACAGGUCUAUCACUUCCUGUGCAGUCGAUGGUUCGCAGUAGAACAUGAUGAUGGACAGAUCCAUAGGACAAUAUCUGUCGCCAGUAAGGGGGAUAUUGAGACCUUCAGUCAUUUAUUCUAUCACGCAUCCCACAAGAACAUUACUGAUGGACACCUAUGGUUUUCUGUCUUUACUCGACCGGCAAAAAGUCGUUUUACUAGAGUGCAAAGAUUGUCUUGUUGCUUGACGCUAUUGUACUGUGCAAUGUUGGCAAACGCGAUGUUCUACGGAUUAGGGAACGAGUCCAAUCCCGCUUUUACUGUAAGAGCUGGACCACUGAUAUUUACCCCUCAGCAGAUCUUCAUAGGUAUUGCUAGCAGUUUGGUAAUAUUUCCCGUGAACCUAUGCAUAGUUGGCAUAUUCCGUAGUGUGGCACCGAAGAAAAGGAAAGAGUCCAACGAAAAUACCCUAACCUCGCAAAAUGCACCAGAGAUAGCAGAAACAGAAGAUCUCUCUCACUUGAUUCAGUGGUACAAGUGCGCAGGACAGUUAGACGUCGAGUCUGGACACAUAAUAGCCUACGAUAACUUCGCAGUGGAAGAUAAAUGGCUCCCUGGUGAACAAGCUAUUGACUUAAAUUUUAAUGGUAUUACUAACUUGAGACGACCGUCACAGCACCAUAAGCCCCCCAAACAGCUUCCUCAUGGGUUUGUCUAUAUUGGCUGGUUUGUUGUUAUAUCUUUGUCUUUCACCUCUGCAUUUUUUGUCACGUUAUAUGGAUUUCAAUUCGGCAAAGAAAAGGCGGCCGAAUGGCUAACUUCAAUGUUUAUAUCAGUUGUACAAGACGUGUUGAUUAGCCAACCAAUUAAAGUCCUUGUUGUGGCAUUAAUCAUUGCUUUAUUUGUAAAAAAGAUUGAUGAGGAUCCGAGCAUCGAUCCUGAGCAACAUAAAAUGUAUCUAGCCGGGAGAACGGGCGGAAAAAUCAAAAUGACUUCACACGUUUCAUGGUUACCAUCAUGUAAACCGCCAGACACAAAAGAGCUCAAGAAAGCGCGAGAAAAAAGACUGAAUGAGAUCAAAAUGAACCUGUUAAUAAAGGAGUUAAUCAUAUAUGUUCUGUUUCUUGCUGCUUUGCUUCUGGUUGGAUUUGCUCAUCGAGAUCCACAGGCGUUCCAAGUCGCGAAAUUGAUGACAGAAACCUUCAUCGACGGAGCAUAUGCUGGCAAUGGGCUUGUACAGUCUCCCGGUGUCACCAACUACUGGAAAUGGAUUGAGAAUACGGUAGUCCCAAGUCUCUCAUCUGAUCAGCGCGCAUGGGCGCCAGGAUGUCAGCCGCUGACUGACUACGCGAUUGACUGUGAUUCACGGGUGGUUGGUACAGCCAGGCUGAGGCAGCUCCGAGUCCCUCCAGAUUCAUGUUCUGUUCCACAAAUCAUGAGGAAUGUCAGCAGUGGCUGUAAUACAUUUUAUUCUUUCUUCGGCGAAGACACCAGCCACUACACUGAAGGGUGGAAAGCUACAAACGUCACUCAAGUUACGGCACACUCGCCAUGGUUGUACCACUCAACGUUGGCCUUAGACGGCCUUCCGUACCUGGGGCUACUAGCUACUUAUAGUGGCGGCGGAUAUACAGUGGAACUCCACAACACGGACAACGGCAAACAGCAAUUACAGACGCUGAAGAAACUAUCUUGGAUUGAUCACCGAACGAGAGCGCUAUUUGUGGAGAUCAGUAUUUACAAUGCCCAAGUGAAUAUGUUCGGAAUCGCUACGUUCCUUGCGGAAUGGAUUCCAACAAACGGAGUUUUAUUUUUUAAUAAUAUAAAAGUGGCAAGAUUAUACGUAGCAGGAGGGGAUCUCCAAGCAGCAAACAUAGCGGCUAAAUUUUUUGUUGUGCUAUUCUUUUGUAUUUUCAUUUACGAUGAGGCAAAGCAGAUUCGCACAUUGAGGAAAAAGUACUUAAAGGACGUCUGGAAUUGGCUUGAGAUAACAUUGAUUAUCCUAAUUAUAGGCUGCUCUGUAACCCUUCUUAAGCGAUCCACACUGACAUAUUUAGCUAUAAAGAAAAUUCAGGAGGAACCAAAGAAAUUCGUGAGUCUGAUUCAAGCGGCGACUAUGGAUGAAUUGCUCACAUACUUCGAAGGACUCUUAGUGUUCGUUGCCAAUAUAAAACUGCUUAAACUUUGCCGCUUUAAUCACCGUAUCUUCAUGUUCACAAAAACUCUCUCAACAGCAGUAGAGCCGCUACUGUCAUUCCUCAUUGUGUUUCUUAUAUUUUACCUCGCUUACUCCAGCAUCUAUUACUUGGUGUUCGGAUCUGGUAUCUACGAAUACAGAUCCAUGGUUUCUACCAUAGAGACCCUGUUCAGUACCCUACUAGGAGGAUACGACUAUCACGCUAUCGCAAACCACGACCCUAUCUUAGGUCCUGCACUAUUUUUCUCAUUCCAAAUGAUAAUGGUAAUGAUACUUAUGAACGUUUUUCUUACAAUCCUUAUGGACGCAUUCGCGGAGGUUCAAGCCGAUACGUCGUUCCAGUCGAAUAAGCACGAGCUUGUGGACUACAUGACGGCACAUUUCAAACAGUUUUUAAAGCUUAGAAACAAAGUGCAAGACGUCGGCAACUCGAGACAGGACAUCAACAAUUGUUUGACGGACACUAUCGACAAAAAACUCUACAGAAAACUUAUCCCGAGUAUCGACUCCGUGCGCAAAGACGAGACCCUUGAUGGACCGAAUGAACAGGGAGAAGUGCCUAUUGACAGCGCGAGUGAAGCAGAUGAUACGGCUAGCUCAACAACUAGUUUAGAUCCUCUCGAGAUGGCUAUUUCACGAGCAGUUAAGAAAAAUCGGGAACGACAAAUAAUUGAUGACGACAAUUUCAAUUUUGAUAACUACAAAAUUAUAACAAGUGGUACAAAUUGCGUGGAAUAUACUGCAAUGCAAAACCAUGCGUUACAAUACACGCCUGAUAAGACACCUUAUGAAUUAUUAGAUGGCAUAAAAGGAAGCUUUGCAAGGGUGGGUUUGGAUGAGUUGCUGAUGGACGCGGUAUAUGAAAAACUGUUGCGUUAUUAUGUAAAAGAUGAAAGGGAGACAGUACUCGCAGAAAAGAUAAGGCGCCAAAAUGAGUUAUCAAGUUGGCAGCUAGGCGCAUCAAGAACAACCGAAAACCCUUCGAAAUUGAAAGUGUACUCCAGAUAUGGAUUAUGAACUAAAGAAACGUAACGAAUACUAAGCAUAAAUUGAAUAGCUUGUAUUGAAUAAAGCCUUCCUUAUCUACAAAUCCUCAAUGCUGUGAAAACAGGAAAACCAAAAAACAAUCCACAAUACAAUCAUAGAAUAAGAAUGAUGUAAAGACAACUGCAUAUAAGGAUAUAACAGAGAACUGCAAACGUUAUCCACGGAUUGGGGUUUAUUAUUGUGAGAUGAUUUUAAGAACUAAAGUUAUUAAAAUAAAUGGAAAUAGAUAUCAGAGGAAAAAAUAAAAAUGGACCCCCUUCUG